GCUCCGCACGCGUUUGAGCGUAUGGAAUUAAAUCACCGAAAGGAGGGAUUUGCCCCCAGAAAACAAACCUAAAACGCUUCUAAUGUCGAAACGCAACGCGCCGCCGUCACAACCGCCGCCUAGACCGCUGAUAAAGCAGCACUCGUGGUCACCGGACGCCGAUCGCGAAGAGGCGUGGCUUCGUAGGAAAGGCAAACGCCAAUCGGAUCGACUCGGUCGGAGUAAGAGCGUGACGGACGAAGAUCUAGAAGAGCUCAGAGGCUGCAUCGAGCUAGGAUUCGGAUUCGAGCCUGAUUCGCAAGAUUUAGAUCCGUGGCUCAACGAAACUCUCCCAGCUCUGGGGUUGUACUGCGCCGUGAAUAAACAGUAUAGUAGCAGAUUGUCACGGACUUCGUCUCUUUCGUCGUUCGCGUCGGAAGGUGACGUAAGCAAUUCGAGCACGACAAUUGUUGAUCAAGGUGAUGAUCCCGAGACGAUGAAGAUGAGGUUGAAGCAAUGGGCUCAGGUGGUUGCUUGUUCGGUGCGACAAUUCUCCGGCGAACCAAAUUGAUGUAAUAAUAAUGAUUGUUGUCUUGAGGAAUUUGUUGUUUGUUUGUUCUGAUGUGAUUGUACAGAGGAAUAACAGUUUUUUGAAAUAGCUGUGAUUUUUGGAAAUUUGAUUUUAGAAUGUGGUCUUAUUACAUUUAUAAUUAAUUUAAUAUCUUCUUC